AUGUCAGGGAUGAAGAGAAGAUAUGACUAUGAAGAAGAAGAUGGCUACCGUGACUUUAGACCACGCUAUCCAAAGAGGCAACGAUUGCCACCAGUCGUUCAACUUUGCAAGGAUAUGUUACCGGAUAUCAGAACUAUAGGAGAAUCUGUUAAAGCAUUUGAAGAAGAUAUCAAGUUCUUGAGUGAAGCAAUCAUCAAUGAGUUCGGUAACGAUGAGUACUUCAACAAUGCCCUGUUGUCUACGUUUAAUGCGUUAAUAUUAGAGCAACCCCACAAGCAACCAGCAAUUGCUCUAUUGACCAUGGUUGUCAGCUCUGGAAACCAAGCAGCUGGUAAGAAUAUCAUAAAUCACUUCUAUGGGAAAUUAAAGCAAUGGAUCAAUGCUAGUGUUGAUGAUGAGUUUGAAGUGACCUCCAAUGAAACUGGUCCAUGGAAUAAAGUUAAGUUGACUUUAAGAUUUCUUUCAAUGUUGACUCCCAUUGUUCCUAUCAGCGAUGUCAUCGGUUUAUACUACAAAUUUUUUGAACUAGCCAUUGCAUUGAAGAGGGCAGGAACUGGAAAGAGAAAUCCAUUGUCCGAGGCUAUUUACACAAAUACCUUGUUGAAUAUUCCUUAUUUAUUUUUCUACAACAAAGAGAGUGAUGAGUUAAAAUCGAAAGUUAGCGAGUUAAUUUCAUUUGUGGAGAAUAACUAUGUCGUGGAGACCGUCGAUUUAUCUUUGACUAAGGAAUAUAAUAAAAACCUUCCAUACCAACCAAUUCAAUGGGUUGAGGUUGUGUUAUCAAAUGUUAAAAACGCGUUGGCAAACGAUAUGGAUGAGCUAAGAAAUUUGUUCCCAGAUUACCAGCAUAUUUUGGUUGCAACCAAUACUGGACAAGGUUUUAAUGAUCCUUUAAUAAUGCCUGAUGUAGAGAAACUAUUACCUUUCAGUGGAUUAGAUAAAGGUUUAGGAUCUGUGGAUAGUAUGUGGAAGACCCCAAGAACUGCUUUCCAAGUUUAUUUGCCAAAUGUUGUGGGCGAUUUUUCUACUGUGGUUCCAAUAACAACUUAUACUGGUAUGCUAUUUGAUGACAUAACAGUUGAUAUUGUGGAAAGUCUAGAAUUUAAUAGACAUGAGGUUGCAAGGCAAGUUGUUACUUUAGAUUUAUAUUUCAAGCCUGGUAUCUUUACUGAACCAGGUCUGUCAGUAGCACAACUAUUGGCACAGCACAAUGAAUCUCCAGAGUUAUCAACCUAUAAGAUCGAGGAUUUGGCUAUUGAAAAUAUUUUGGGUUUGAUCUUCAAAUUACCAACUGUUACCCAAUCGUUUGCUUAUUUCUACACGUUAUUGGUUGAAAUUUGUCAAAAUUCACCAAAAGCUAUUGCUCCAGUGUUCGGUAGAGCCUUUAGGUUGUUUUACAAUAAUUUGGAUAAUAUGGACCAUGAAUUGAAGAUGAGAUAUCUAGAUUGGUUUUCAAUCCAAAUGAGUAAUUUCAACUUUUCGUGGAAAUGGAACGAAUGGGAGCAAGACUCAAUCGCGUUUUCUAAGUCAUUCUACAAUCCUAAAAUUACAUUUGCAAAGAACUUGAUUAGGAAGGAAUUAAGAUUAACUUCUAAUAGACCUGAUGUGGAAGACAGUUUGACCCCUGAAUUUAAACAGUAUCUUGAUGCAUCUUAUAUUCCCAGGGAUAAGUUAAGGAACUACUACCAAUCUUUUUUCACUAAUUUUGAGAUUGAUCCAGAAAUCAUUAAGGACAACACUUUGAUAUUUAAAAACCAAUCUUUCCCAUUCCAUGAAAAGGUGACGUCUAUUUUAGAUUAUUUCCACAAACCACCAUCGGAUAAGAACGUAGGAGAAUUAGAAUCAAUAUUGAAGGAUAUCCAAGAAAGCAAUGGUUCGAUCAUUUCAGACUUCAAUAAGUUCGCCAUAACAUUACUAAUUCAAGCUUUGGUAUUUUCUGGUAAUAGAUCUCUUUCGCAUGCAAACAAAUAUAUUUCUGACGCCAAAAAUGAUUUAGUAACAAUUCUAGGUAAGAUUGAGCUUCCAAAUGAAACCAAAGAACAAUGGAUUACGGAAGCUGUUCUAAGGUACUGGAACUGCAAUUCUCAAAAUGGUUUUUUGAUCACAGAUUCGUUCAAGCAUAAUGAAUUAAUCACAGCAAAGUCCAUUUUGUCAUUUUCUUUCGACGAGCUAGACGGACAAAAUCUGGGGUUGGUUGAUGCCACAUCUAUUGAAUCUACAUUCAGAACAUUGACUGAGAUGGCUCUUCAACAGACAAGUGAUUUUAGUGUCUUUGAGUUUGUUUUUGAAAGGUUAGUUACUAUUUCUAAUGAAACUAUCUAUCAACUUGGAACCUCGGAAGAGAUUGUUGCACCUAUUGUAGACAAUGAGUCUACGUUUGACGAUGACGAGUUGGCAAGGCUAGACCUCAUGUGGAAGUAUGAAUGUGCUAUGGGAUUCAUUAAGAGUAUUUUGAGAAAGUAUUCCGAUGAAUACUCCAUUCUUCUAGAUAAAUUCAGAUCAGGUAUAGAUCAAACUGUUUCACAUGAGCCCACAAAGAAACAAUUGAUUCAAUGGUUUGACGAAAUCCGUGAAUUAUGA